AUGCCUCCCCGAAAGACGUCGCGACCUCCGCCCUAUGCGGCCCGGAACUCCAAAUCGAUACCAGUCCCGCCCGCGCUGCGGAACUUGCUCGUGAGGGACAAGCUGCGCUUGAUGGUUGUAUGCGUCUUGGGCUUUCUUACCAUACUAUGGUUAUGGGGUCGAAUGGGCGGCGGCGGGGGAGUAGAAUCAGCGGGGAUAAUAGGAUCAGGGGCGCCGGUGGUGAUAGUCACGGUGAUAGAUCCUAAGACCAAUCCGGCGUGGAUCGAGAAGAUCAAAAAGAAUCGGGAGGAUUAUGCAAAGAGGCAUGGCUACGCGACCUUCUUCCCCGAUAACACAGACUACCCUCUCCGCAACUCGCCAGUUUCAUGGGCCAAGGUCCCCGCUAUGCGCCACGCCAUGACACUCCACCCGACUUCCUCCUUCUUCUGGUACCUCGAUUCUACCGCUCUGAUAAUGAACCCUUCGAUCCCUCUGCAGUCGCACGUCCUGACUCCCACUCGCCUCGAGAAGCUCAUGAUGGUCAAUGAGCCUAUCGUCCCCCCUGACAGCGUCAUCAAGACCUUCGGGAACCUUAAGGGCGAUAGAAUAGAUGUGGUUAUCACCCAAGACAAAGACGGACUUAGCCAGAGUAGUUUUAUAGUCCGUCGUGGAGAGUGGGCUAAGUACUUUUUGGACGCUUGGUUCGACCCUAUUUACCGCAGCUACAAUUUCCAGAAAGCGGAAGCGCAUGCCUUAGAGCACAUUGUACAGUGGCACGGCACUAUCCUCGCUAAACUCGCCCUCAUCCCGCAGAACACCAUCAAUGCUUACGUCCAGGGUCCCGCGAACCACAAAAAUGGCCAGUAUAAAGAAGGAGACCUGGUUGCCACCUUCCCGGGCUGCGAUAAGGAUAAACGGAGUUGCGCCGACGAGAUGCAGCCUUUCUUCGAUAUUCUGGGAGGGAAGGAUAACGGUAGGCAGAAUUAA